AUACGAGACUCGCCAAUAUCCUCUGCUCACGCCUGCAUCUUCAAGCCUUCUAGUAUUGCUGCAGAUUCUAUCUGGAGAUGUCCUCCUCGACCCCGCCGCUCCCGGCCAAACGAGCCCGCUUCUCACCUCCCGACGUGCCCUCGCUCAUCUCAUCGCUUCAAAACCUCCAAGCAAGAGCCGGCAAGAAGCUCGUCACCUCGAACAUCCACAUCUAUGCGAAAGGAGGUGCUUUCGUUCAGCCGGAGGAUCAGGCCGGGGCCUCUUCCUCUGCGAAACAGGCCGAAAGCCUCCCACAGGAUACGAAAGAUGCAGUCUCCCCUGACCCAACCGAGACCGAGACUGAGCAGGAGAGGCAGGAGGAGACAUAUCAACCAGACCCAUCAAAGCUCUACAUAACAUCUUGGAAGAUGUCCGAACAUCACUAUCGACGGGCAGAUUGUCCCUUCCCGACCCUGGCGAGAGGGUUGUUCACAGCGAACGAGAGCUAUGAAUACGAUGGUUCUUUAGCGGGAGAUGCACAUGAGCCGAGGAUGAGCGGGAGGAUGGGAGAGAGGAUCGUUGGGAGAGGAUAUGACAAAUUCUUCAAUGUGGGAGAGGUGGAUUGGACCAAGUGGGAAGCCCUCCAAACCCAUACCGCCCCACCAUACCACCUGACCUACAAAUCCAACGGAUGUCUGAUCCUUAUCUCGGCGCUGAACGAGCGCGAAUUGAUGGUCGCCUCGAAACAUUCUUUGGGGACGAGCGUGGUCCCCAAAAUGGCACCGAUGGAGGAGAAGGAAAAGGUGGUGGAGCAGAAGAAGGAGGUACCGGGAGCAGAGGGAUGGAAGCAGGAAAAGGAGAAGGAGAAAGAGGUUGUGGAUCAGCUCGAGGCUGUCAAGUUGAACGAGACGGCGAACCAAGCAAAAAAGGAGGAGGCUAGCGGCGCCGUCAAAGAGGAGCUGGGCACAACGGGAGACGACGAAAAGGAUUCAAAGAGUUUGUCGAAAAACGCCAAGAAGAAACAGGCCAAAGACCGUUUCGCCGCACAACAAAAGGCAGAAAAAGCAGCCCGAGCAGCAACUGAUGGCGGGAAAGAUCAAAGCGCAGCAACAGAGGAGGACGAGACGCAAAAGAUGGACGGACCGGGUCAUGCGGCUAUGGGGAGGAAGUGGCUGAAAAUCCAUCUAGAUCGGGUGGGCAAGGAGGAGAAGGAUUUAGCAGAGGUAUUGUGGCGGGAUGGGGUCUCGUGCAUCUUGGAGCUCUGCGACGACUCCUUCGAGGAACACGUCCUCGCCACCCCCGAACACCUCACUGGUCUACACCUACACGGGAUGAACAGGAAUACACCUCACUUUUCCACCUUGCCGCCCGAUCAGGUAGCCGACUUUGCCAAAACGUGGGGGUUCAUUCCGACAGCUUCGGUCACGCUGGAUUCGAUACGUCAAGUCAGAGACUAUGCUGACGAAGUAGCCCGGGAGGGGAAAUGGAAGGGUGACCCAAUCGAAGGGUUCGUCGUCAGGUCGACCGUGGCCGAUGUCGCUGCGGGACCCUCCAAGCCUAGUACCGGAACCAAGCCCUCGGCGGAGGGACAAGGUGAACCUCCUUACCCUCCCGGCAGUCCUUUCUUCUUCAAGAUCAAGUUCGACGAACCGUACAUGAUGUACCGUCAGUGGCGGGAAAUCACCAAGACGCUCUUACCCUUGCGUAAACCGAAAUGCGCCGGCCGAAAGAACCGGAACGCGGAACCGUGGACGAGACUCGGGAGUUCUUUGCGUCGACCAGAAAGCCGGGUCUACGCCGAGUGGGUGGCGAGGAAGAUGAUCGACCAGCCCGAGUUCUUCGACCAUUUCCAUACGGGGAUCGUCAAGGUCAGAGAAGCGUUCCUAGUUUGGACGGAAACAGAGGGAGCGGACGAGUGGAAGGCAGCGAGGGAGAGUUCAGAUAAACCUAAACCUUGGUCGGAGAAGAAGUUUCUGAUUGCUCCGAUCGCUAUUCCGGGAAUGGGCAAGACCGUACUAGGGGUGGCUUUGAAGAAGCUUUUGCCGGGGAUGGUACAUGUGCAGAGCGACGAUGUCAAGACGAAGAAGACGGGACCGGCUUUUCUGAAGAACGUACAACAGGCGCUCAAAGAAAAUGCCAUCGUCUUUGCCGACCGAAACAACCACCUUCCGCAGCACCAUGAAGAGAUUUCCAACCUCGUGGACACCCCCGACCUGUCUGGGUACAACAUCACCCGUAUAGCCCUGGUAUACGACGUCGACCGUCACCCGCCGAACAAGGUCCUCAGGCUGGCUUCCGAACGAGUCCUAGGGAGGGGGGAGAACCAUCAAUCGCUCCGACCGGAUCUUGACGAUCGCAUGAGGCACGAGAAUAUCGUCAAGAGGUUCCAAGGGGAGUUUGUACCCCCUGAAGGAGGGUUGUUUGAGGAGGAGAUAAGAUUGAGCGUGGUCGGUUCAUUGGAGGACAACUUGAAGGUGGCGGUAGAGGGAUUGUUCCCGAUCUUGGGCAGAGGAAAGGAGGGCAUGCCGAGCGACAAGGCGUUGAAGGAGGCCCUGGAUAGUGCGUUGGGGUACAAGGUGGGGAUCGUGAAGCCGCUCGCUGGAGAACCUUCGAAGCCGGUCAGGUAUUACGCGUUAAGCGUCGAGUUCGAGCUGGAGGACAUGGCCAGGUCAGCUUUGACCGCGGGAUCUUUGUCGGAAUCAAGGACAGACGAGCAGACGAUGGAAGAGCUCGGAUUGGAGAAACGCCGUCAAGGUCUGGCCUUCCUGGAUAGACUGGUCGAUACCGGCCGGAUCAUCUCUAAACCGCACGUGACGAUCGUCCACGAAAAGACGGUCGCCGACGAGAUCGCUACUAAGGAGGCCGAGUUUCAUUCGCGGUCCGACCUAAUGAGCCGGGAACAUGGACCGGCGGAGAGCAUGUGGAAGGCGUGUGUAGCCCUGGAGAAGCUGCCGACUCCGACCCUGUUCGAUUUCGAUGCAACGGGAUUGUGUUGGAACGACCGGGUCAUGACGCUGAUCGUCGGCAACUUGAGACCUCAUCAACCUGCAGACAAAUCCGAGACGCUGGGUCGUACACAGGCAGACGCCGAUGCCGCUUCCCGGGUCGAGGAAGCGUUGUGCAAGACGCUGGUCAACGUCUUGCACGUGACUGUAGGCACGGGGGACGAGACGAUCCCACCUUACGAAGCGAGAGGGCUGGUGGAAGCAUGGAGGGCGGGAACCGAAGUGAUGGAGGCUGGCGGAAGAGUGAGAUAUAUAGACCUGGUUGGAACGAGCACGUUGGGCAGGGUUGUAGGUAUGAACUAGGCAUCAUAGGGCGAUAUAUGAAACGCGG